AUGGCCAAGUUCAACGUGAGCAACGUGGUGGUGGCCAACGCGAACGACAUCGCGGACGCGCUUGACCAACUGCCACAAACACGCAAGAUGUUAUGCAUCGACUCCAGACUCCUCAAUCCCCUGCAGCGCAUUUGCGGUGGCAAGAUGCUACAGGCAAGUUCUUUUGCAUCGGCUGUGUGUCUUUCCAAUGUGCCACAAGCCGAUGGCCGGUUCGGAGUGCGUCAAACUGAGCGUCUGGGUGUGGUCCACAACUGCCUUGUCUACAUAUGUCAGAACGACGCAGCAACCUUGCGGCGCAUUGCCAAGCACAUUCGGCAUUUCAGCCACGAGCGAGGACUGGAUGCGCCGCCGCGAAUCUGGGCGCAUGUCUGGCAGGUUCCCUGUGCUGAUACUCUUUCCGAUAUGGUGUGGGAGUCGGAGGGUGUGUACGGCUUGGUGGAGAGUCGGAGCUGUGAGCUAUCCCUUAUGAGCAUUGACAACGAUGCCUGGAGCCUGGGGCUGGGGCGGUCAUGCUAUCAGACGCACCUUCAGGGUGAUUGGUCCGUAGUGGGAUACUUGCACCAGGCGCUGCUUCGGCUCCAUUUUGUCUACGGGCCCCUCCCGCAGCUGGCAGCACUGGGCCCUCUCAGUGCCGCCAUCCUCAAGCUUUACGAGUCCUCAGUCUCCUUGAGUGCCGUGCCUAUGCACCGUCGCGCGCCUCCUGAAGGCUCCUUUGAUCAAGUUGUGCUGCUGGACCGCACUUGCGAUAUGAUCACCCCACUGUGUACUCAACUCUCCUACCCUGGGCUACUGGCGGAAACCUGUGGUGUCCAUGCCGGCAUCGUCUCAAGUCGUACAUUAGAUCCGGAAGGCCCCUUGAGCAAGGUGACGCUGCAUAGCCAUGAGGACGAGUUCUACAAGGAGCUGCGUGAUCGGAACUACGGCGCAGCAGCCCCGGCUUGCAAGAGCCACAUUGCCCGCUACGCGCGUGACUCUGAUACAUCUCAACUAGACGCCAACAACCUGGAGGCCAUGAAGAAGAUAACCUCCGAGCUGCGUGGCAUCAAGCAGGCAGGGCGUUUUGGUGCACGCUGGCGUGACCUACGCGACAAGUGGCCAACUGUGCUGCCCGAAAAUGAGGAUGAGGAACAGCUGCUGUUUGGAGGUGCGCAACCCAUGAUUCCGCGGAUCGUGAGCGAUAUCUUGGAGGAGAAGCUCACGGCCGAGCACGAGAAGAUGCUGGCUGAUGGCACCAUCAAUCUGAUGCGAUGGUCUCCCCCUUCGGAUGGCCCACCUCCGCGUACCAAGCGCAUUCUUGUCGUAAUUGUUGGUGGCAUCACAUACCCAGAGCUGACUCUCCUGCGGCGGGUCGGCCAGAAAUUGGGUCGCGAAAUGAUCAUGCUCUCGGAUCAGCUCCUCACAGGAAACCACCUCGUUGAGCCGUUGUUGACACAUGCUUAA